AAAUGCUUAUUAUUUGAAGUUUUGAGACAAACAAUGCAUGAAAUGAAGCGAUUGUUUGGCAAUUGAUUUGUGUCCACACAAGUGAUUAUCAUCGAUGGUCUUAAUGUCGGACACGUGUGUAAUCCAAGUGACAAACAUCGCCCCCACGGCUACCAAUGAACAGAUGAAGAGUUUGUUCGGUCACUUGGGAACCAUCAAAGAGAUCGUCGUCUAUCCCAAUGAGGACUCAGCGCUGUCGCCGACCUCUCGGGUCUGUUAUAUUCGAUACGCCGACAGUCAGAGCGUAGCCGUCGCUCAGCACUUGACUAACACUGUGUUUGUCGACAGAGCCCUCAUUGUUCUGCCCGUCGACGACGGCAAAAUUCCAGACGCGGCCACAGCUUUGAGUUUGACAAACAGUAGAUCUCUCGGCGGCGGCAGUAAUAGCGGUGUUGUCUCUCAAGUGACAGGUGUGGGCGGCGCUCAAGUGAUCACAACAAUUGAUCCGCGGCUGACGGCACUCGGUUUACCACAAUAUCCUCCGCUACCGGCGAAUAUGGAUCCGACAAAGAUUGAAGAAAUUCGGCGAACGGUUUACGUCGGGAAUCUGUGUUCAACUUUAUCGGCCGAACAGUUGCUUAAGUUCUUCAAUCAAAUCGGAGAAGUGAAGUACAUUCGUAUGGCCGGCGAUGAGACACAACCGACUCGUUUCUCAUUUGUUGAGUUCACUGAUCAGUCUUCAGUGGCCAAUGCUCUCCAAUACAAUGGCGUGAUAUUCGGCGGCCGACCACUUAAAAUAAAUCAUUCGAACAAUUCUAUUGUCAAACCGCAGGCGAAGAGUUCAGAAGCGGCUCAAAAAGAGAUCGAAGAGGCGAUGAAACGGGUCCGCGAGGCCCAGUCGUUGAUAUCUGCGGCCAUUGAACCGGGAUUUGCUGUCAAAUUGGAUAAAAUCUUGGAAUACGCGGGAAAAGACAAAAGUAAAUCGCGGUCGAGAUCUAGAUCUCGGAGAAGUACUUCACGAUCGAGACGUCGAUCGCGUUCUCGAACUCGAAAGUCACGCGAGAGGUCCAGAGAGAGAAGGCGUUCGCGAUCGCGUUCGCGCGAAAAGAGGCGCCGAUCGAGAGAGAGAAGGCAUCGAAAUCGCAGGAGUAGUCGGAGUCGGGAGAGAGAAGAGAGACGGAGAAGGAGUCGGAGUAGAGAUAAGGAAAGAGAGAGGGAUAAGGAUAAGGAUAGAGAGAGGGAUAAAGAUAGGGAUAAAGAUAGGGAUAAAGACCGGGAAAGGGAUAAAGACAGAGAUAAGGAGAGGUCAUCGCGAAGGCGUUCCAGAAGUAGAUCCAAGAAAAGAGACGAAAAGCCGAAACAAUUGGAGAAACCGAGAGAGAUAUCACUCUCGCAGUCGUUGGACAUCGAACCUAAAGUGGAAGUGAAAGUGGAGGUUAAAGUGGAACCAACACCAGAAGGACCAGAACUUCCGCCCGAAACAGAAACUGAAUCUAUUGUUAAGACACCAGAAAUCAUGGAAACACCAGAGACUGAGGAUAAGUCCCAUUCCAUUCGAUCUCAUUCUAGAGAGUUAUCAAAGUCUCCGAAAUCAUUAUCUGUGAGUCCGCCGCGAAAGUACAGUUCCAGACGUUCGCGAUCUCCUAAACGCAGGUCUAGGAGUCGGGAAAGAAAGAGAUCCAAAACUCCUACAAAGAGCCACAAGAAGAAGAGGGACAAAGAACGGGAUAGGGAUCGGGACAGAGAUCGGGAAAGGGAUAGAGAUAGGGAAAGGGACCGCCCGAGAGAGAGGAGUCGAGACCGAAAGGACAAGAAAAAGAGGAAAAGGGAUGAAAGCCCUGAACCGCGAGAAAGGACUUCCAAAGAGUCGAAGUCCAGUACUCGACGUGAUUAUGACAGAGAGAUUGAAGAGGAAGAGGAAAAGGGCUACGAUUCCAACCGCGAGGAGAAGCCAUCCCAUCGUUCCAGUCAUGACAAAGAUCUUUCGGUUCACCAGAAGGUCAUUGAUUUGAUUAAAGACUUAAAACUCGGACAAACCAAUGGCUCGUAUGAAACGGCGAAGAAGACGGUUGACAUCAUUCAGGAAGUGAUCGAUCAGUUCUUGUGGACAAACGCCAGCGAACUCAUAGUUGUGCUCAAAGAGAUGGCAGAAGUGGUGAUAACCGCCGAACCGACCGAAACAGUGACCGGAAAUAUGUUCAGAAGAGUACUUAAGAUCGUUAGAGACGAAUACCUGAACGCAAAGGGCAUUCACAACGAGGGAGAAGUGGAAGAGUCGCUCCAGAAGAUGAUGACAACCGACGAAGACAUGACUUUGACUUAUGAUAUAAAAUAUGACAAUUUAAAGGAAUCCAUCAACGAUUCCAUCAGCGAAUUGAUCUCAGAGUUGGAGACAAGCGGUGAGAAUAUCGCCGAGCAGUCACUCGAACACAUCUAUGGAGACGAAGUGAUUAUGACGUGCGGGAAGUCUAAGACCGUCGAAGCCUUUCUGAAAUACGCGGCCAAAAAGAAACGACGCUUCCAAGUGGUGAUCGCCGAAUGCGCGCCCUUUUAUAAUGGUCACGAAUUGGCCGCCAGUCUGUCCAACGAGAAGAUCAAUACAACAAUAAUACCCGAUUCGGCCAUUUUUGCCAUUAUGUCAAGAGUUAACAAAGUUAUUAUCGGAACUCAUUCUGUUAUGGCUAACGGAGGUUUGAAAGCCGUGAGCGGUGCCUAUACUUUAGCGUUGGCCGCAAAGCAUUAUUCAGUUCCGUUGAUAGUCUGUACGGCAAUGUUUAAGCUGACGCCACAAUACCUCGUAAGUCACGACCAGUUGGCGUUCAAUAAGUUCUCAUCUCCACAGCAAGUGAUGUCAUACGAAGACGCAAAUAUGGCCACCGAUUGUCAUGUCGUUAAUCCGGUCUUUGAUUACGUUCCGCCAGAAUUGGUCACUGUUUUUGUCUCCAAUAUUGGCGGAAACUCUCCCUCUUAUGUCUACAGACUAUUGACUGAAUUAUAUCAUACGGAAGACUAUUAGCCCGUUAUUAGUAUUCAUUUAAUUGGAUUUGUUU